AUGUCUGCCCAGGAUUACUACCGUGACGGAGACCGCCCUCACGAGCGCCACCACGACGGCCCACCCCACAGGGAGGAGUCAAGAGGCGGCUCAGACUACUACAACCACGACGGAGGACGUGACAGAUCCCGCAGCAAGUCCCGCGAGCGCAGGGGCAGUGAUGGCCACAAGGACCGCGACAUCGCCGGCACCCUGAUCGGCGGCGCGGCCGGUGCAUUCGGUGGCCACGCUCUCGGCGCGAAGGCCGGCCACGGCGUCAUCGGCACCGUGCUCGGCGGUGUUGCUGGUGCCUUUGCAGGCCACGAGGUUGAGGAGAAGGUGGACGACUGGAAGGACGAGCGCAAGGAGAAGAAGGAGGACGAGCGUCGCCACAAGGAGGACGAUGAGCGCCACCGCCGGGACGACGAGGACCGCCGUCGCCGAGAUGACGAGGACCGCCGUCGACGUGAAGAUGAUGACCGUCGCCGCCGCGAGGAUGACGACCGCCGCCGUGACGACUACCACCACCACGACCAGCCUCGCGGUGGCCCUGAGACGGUGGUUGUCCAGCAGGGAGACACUCUGCGGGGCAUUGCUGCGAGGUUCCCUGGCGUCUCGUUCGAGGAGAUCGCGAGGCAUAACAACAUCGCCAACCCGGAUAUGAUCUACCCAGGUCAGACCCUCGCCAUCCCUCACCGUGGUGGAUGUUAA